UUCAGCAGUCUUCAAGCAAGCCAGAGUAGGCGCUUACUAGCUUUUUGUGUCCCUACGGGGUUCAGAGGAUAUCUGACACAUGACGCAAAUUUGUCUCUAAAGUGAACCGAGCAAAUUUUAAGUGUCACAAAGUAGCUGUCAACUUGCAAACAUAGCUGGUUAGCUGGAUGGCUAGUGAUAAUGAACUGUUAUGCAUUGUCGGACAAUCAGCUAGUGUUACUCCGGCUAAUGCUCCUUUAGCCAUCUUGCUGUCACUGACAUCACUCCGUGCGCUGACGACAUGAGAUGUCUGCAUAACUUUUUAUCUGCGGGACGUUCAGUUGCUACAAAAAUUUCACUAUGGACAGCGAACGCAGCAAUUGCAGGCCGCAGUUUGGAGACAAUAGCAAGCUAACUCAGCUAGCAAACUGUCGUGGCUGCUAAGCUUUGCUAAAAGCUGUCUUGCCUGGUGCGUGUCUGGAGCGGCACUGAAGACGUCGAGGUGCCUGCACCAUGGAUCAGGAGGAAAUGACAGACCAAAUCACAGCAGCUUGUAGCCAGCCACUGUUCCACAACCAAGACUUGACUGUGACUGACCUAGACUCAGCGCCUCAGCAGCCCAGCUCUGACAUCAUGUCUUCAGAAUCCAAAGUGGUGAGCAGCAGCACUGAAGACACUGACCUGGUAAUAACUGAGGAUGGGCUCAGGAAUGGUGCCUGUGAAGUUGAGACUAUGGUAGCAUUACACUAUCCUGGCGACAGUGGAGAUGUUACAGCCGAGGGUGGCCACCUUGGUCUAAGCAAUGAUGGCAUGUCAGAGUUUUCUAACAGUGACCUCUCUCUGCCUGAGGUCUGCAUUUCCACCAACAGCAAUAGCUUUGAGGAGGAUAUGAACUAUGAGGUCCAGCAAGCUUAUAGGAUAUUCACUGGCUUUCUGUUGGAGAAGCACAAAGGGAUCACCAGCCCAUUCCUCCAUCCCAUUGGCCACCAGGAGGCACAGCAUGGUAUUGGCGGUGUCCGGGGCCGGGGUCAGGCGCAGCUCAGGCAGUCAAUGUGCUUGCGGAGGAUCGAGGAAAAGUUCAUUAACCAAGAGUAUGAGACCAUAACAGAGUUUGUUGCAGACUUCAGGCUGAUGUUGGAGAACUGUUAUCGUUAUCACGGGGUGGACCACUGGAUCUCCAAACAGGCUCAAAAGCUGGAAAUCAUGCUGGAGCAGAAGCUUACAUUGCUAUCCAGGACACUGCGAGAGAAGACAACCUUAGCAGUAACUUCUAAAGGACGUUUUGGUGCAGAGGAGGAACGGGGAUCAGGGGGAACUUCCACGAGGCGGAGACUGGCACCUCGAAGCCUUGCUACUAUCACUGUUGGUGGGCAUGAGUCUUUCAUGGUCCAGACAUUACGGCUAGAAGAACAACAGAGGGCCAAGGAGGAGAAGAGGCAACGUGAGCUUGAGAAGAAAGAAGCAGAGGAAAUGUCAGCCAAGGAGGUGGAAGAGUGGGAGCAGACUUUACUAUCACAGGCUUCCCCCCACACUGUUGAUACGCUUUGGGAACUCCCUGCCAUAGGGCAUUUUCUCUGCCUGGCUCAGACUGCCCUUAACCUCCCAGAGAUUGUAUUUUUUGAACUGGAGCGUUGCUUGCUGAUGCCCCGCUGCAGCCUCCUGCUCUCCAAAAUCAUGUCUUCCCUACUGUCCCCACCCCAGCGGAGGGCCACUCUGCACCGCCGGCCUGCACUGCCUUACCGCCGCUGGGAGUCAGAGCUCAGACAGCGGGUCAUGGGCUGGUAUCGAGUCGUUGGUGCCUCUCAUGAUCAGCCAGGUCGGGCUGAGCAGCUGGGACUCUGCCACCAGUUUUUCAGCACCCUUGGGGAGGUGAGUCCUUUGGAGGAGAAACCUUUUCACUUGUUGCCCUUCUACCAGCGAGUAUGGCUUUUGAAGGGGCUGUGUGAUCAUGUUUAUGAGACACAGAAAAGUGUGCAGGAUGCUGUGCUUGCCCAGCCCAUCCAUGAAUGUAGGGAGUCUAUUUUGGGCUAUGACAGCAAGGAGAAUGCAUAUAUACAUUUCCCACAUUUCUGUGGAGCAGACUUGAGGAUCUACUGCCAGAGUCCCAGCAUACCCCCGGCUUUCCCUUUCCCUUCUGCAUGGGUCAAAAAGGUUGAAAUCGCGCCAGGGACAGAGGGUGAUGAGUCAGAUGUGAUGAAGGCUGAGGGGAAUAAAAGUGAGAGGGAGUGUUAUGGAGACACCAUGGACACAGGAGAAUCUGAUGAUUUUGGAAAGGGGAGAGCAGAGACACUUGGGCUUUUCAAAAGGGAAAAUGGGGAUGGAGAGGAAGAUACAAAAAGGUUUAAACCAUGGUCGCUCAAGAAGGAGGAGGGAUCUGACUCAGGGUCCUCUGAUGGAGAUUCCUGCGAAGAUGCUAAAUUGGACCUUAAAAUACACACUAACUCCUUAUCCCUUUCACACACUAGCCCUACCGGAAGAAGUGGUGGGAAAAUUACUGUUAAGGAAGAGACAGUAGAGUUGGAGCAUCAGUCCAAGAGACUCAAAUUGAAACAGGAGCAGGGCUUCUCAUUGUCCUCAAUGCGCACCAUUAAAGCAGAGACACAGGAGCCCUGUCUGAGUGUUGGGGAGCACAGCUACACAGGCAGGUCCCCUGCUCGCUCAGUAAAUCUGGCCUCCCCAGCCAAACCAGUGGGACUCAAAAUGGAGGGGGAGAGUCCAAGUCAGGGACACCAAAGAUCAUCCUGUUUGGAAUGUUGUAAAAACAAAACUAGUAAUGUUAAAUCUGAGGGGCACGACUGCAGCUGUGGCACAUCAGGGCUAGCAACACAGCUGUCUUCUGAGAGCACUCAAAACUCAAGUGAAGAGAGGGUGAAUGACAAAAUCUGGGCUAAAAAAAAAAAGCGGAAGAAAAAGCGAGGGAGAGAACAGCUGCUGAGGGUGAAAGGAGAGCACAAGCAGCUGCAGCACGUGGACAGGAUGAGCCUGUCCCCAGCUGAGGCUGCCAAGUCUGCAGUGCGGGGAGUUGCCACAACGAUCAAGAGAAAAGAGAAGAAGAAAAAACAUAAAACAGGAAAAAAGCUUGAAUCUUUAAAGAACACUGAUGACGAACCUUCAGCUGAACCAUCAUUUAAGUUGGUAUGCACCAGUCUUGAGGAGUUACGGGAGCUGAUCAGUAAGACAGAAGAUGAGCUCGAUGACUUGGAGAGCACCAAGAAGAGACUGGGCCGGUGGUAUUAUAGGAGAGAAGCAGUGAAAGACCUCCACAGCACUCUAAUCAGACUACUGAAUGAGCUUUCACCCUGGGAACCCAAACUUGUUAAGGCCUACCAAAGGAACAGGCUUCGUUUGAAGAAGGAAUUUGAUGAUUUUAAGAAGCACCCAGAGUACAAUAACUUUGUGCGUGAGGAGUGUGUUUCAUCAUCAUCAUCAGAUGAAGAUGAAGAGAGGGGUUUAGGGCAAGAGGCAUUUUCACUCACAGAUCAUUAUAGAAGAUCAGAAGAGGAAGAUUUGGUACCUAGAGGUCUUUGGAGUGGAGCAAGGGAGUUUGCUGCUGACUCUGCUGGAGAAAGAACGGUGACAUACGUACCUCCCAUCCACCUAAAACAUCCCGUGGCAAGCACAGAGAAAGGCAUCUGUCUGCUGCCAAGAGUUCAGACUGGCAGCAGUAACAUUACUUCUACCACUGACUCUGGGCCGCAGUCUAGAUCUGAACUGAUCCCAUCAAAUCAAACCAGUGAUUCAAACACAGCAUGGGCUGCAGGGUUGCCAGCCCAGACUUCACUGUCACCCAGGCCCACCAUCCUCCACCCAACCACUGGACUACCUAAGGGCUACACGCCCAUCCCCACCCUGCUGGCUAAGAGUGUGGGAAACAAAGUGACCUUAAUGAAACGGCCUGCUGAUUGCCCAGGGGUCAAAAACGUAGACAGACAAAGUAAAGGGUCUUUGGUCUCCCUGCCUACCUCUGCAGUGGCUACCACAAAAAAUUCAAAAGCACAAACUUCUCCAUGCAGUUCCCAGCAGAACUUACAGGCACAAGGACCACAACAGACACAAGUACAUGGACAGCCAGGAAUGGCCACAGUGACGGCAGCUCUUCUUAAAUCACCGCAGGCCAAACCAACCCAGACUGUAUCAAAAGGUCCUGUCCAAGUGCUGUACAAGGUACCUGAGGGACUUGGUCACCUUGUAAGGAAAGACAGCAGCAGUCCAGUCAAGAUCGCUGUUCAUCCUGUCAUGAGCCAGAACACUGGGGAGAAGGUCAUGCAACAAGUGGUGAUUUUGCCUUCUAACCUUCUUAUUCACAAAACUGAAGAAAAGCCGUCUUCUUUAAAUCAACAACAAUCAAAAGGCAUUCAGGUCCCAGUUUCUAAAGUGGCCAGCCCCUUAUGUAUGUCCACCAAUGUGCCUGGGUUCACCAUUCCCGAAAACAGAAUCCCUGUUCAGCAAGUGGCUCCCCUAAAAGAUGCCAGGACAGCAAGCACCCCUUCUCCUGUUUCCCCUCGUCAGCAACAGGGGAUCCUAAACACAGCAGGGUUCAAGGGGGCACAAGUCGGCAGUCCCCAAGCUAGCACACCUCAAGGUGUUACACCAAACCCCUCACCCAUCACAACUCUUUCCAGUGCAGUUUCUACUGAGCCUGUUAAAUCUACAGACCCUAAGCAGGAACUUAAAACAGUGUGUAUCCGUGACUCACAGUCCAUCCUGGUGACAACUAGAGGAGGCAACACAGGCAUCGUCAAAGUUCAGACAUCCUCGGAUCACAGUGUACUUGGUUCUUUGCCUACCAGUCCAGUCAUCACCAUCUCACCUCAGUUUAAAGCCUUCCUCGUAUCGAAGACCUCACCCACUUUUUCUCCCUCUGCUCCCUCUCAGACAUCCCCUUGCAGUAUUCCAGCAGUGACAAGUAUUUCAGUCUCCCAACCUCAGAAGCAGGUUCCCUCAGUAUUAAAGUCCCCUUCCGGUGUCACAACCCCCAUGCACACAGCAGUUACUUGUAGCAUUCCCGUCACACGCCCAGAAAAUCAGACAGCAGGUACUACUGUUAUAAGUCAAGACUCCAACACCUCAACUUGUUCUACAGUUGGAACAAAGAUUGGGCAGCUACCGCAGACAGCUGCUGCUGGUUCUCAUUUUCAAGCGUCAUUAGUAAAAAACACUGUUGUUGUCCCAUCACUGAGUAGUUCUGGUGUUCCUCAAGUUCUCACACAAGCAGAGGUCUUCAGCAAAACUGGUGUGAAACGGGUCAGUACGGAUGAGGGACCUCAAGUUACUAAAUUCAUCCUGGUUACUCCUUCAUCUUCCUCCACCUCAAAUGUAGCCUUAUCAAAAGGCACACCUGCUUCCACAAAGUCACUUCCGAGUUCAAGAGUCAUGUUCAUCAGCCAGCCCGCAGCAACAUCUUCCACCACCUUCAUGGGAAACAUUCCAAAGCAGGCAACAGCAACAGGGACUAGUGGACAGCUGCAGACGGCUUCAUUAUCUAGUCAGACUCUAAAGAUGGGACUAAGCCCAGUCCAGCCUUUUGGCAGUGGCAAUGCAGAAACAUUGUCCAAGGUCAAGAACAUCAGUCUGCCCUCAGGGGUUCAAAUCCAGUUGUCAGGGACAACAAACACCAUUGGACAGACCAUAGGUGCCCUGUCACGUUCUCCCUCCAAGAGUAUACCAGUGUCCGUCUCAGAUACAGGCUGUCCAGCAGCCACCUCCUCUGGACUGGUCCCGGUCACAAGCUCAAAUACAAUCACCACCUGUUCUGCCCAGCUUGCUUUUCACACUUCUCUGACCACCAGCUCUCAACUCCAUGGUAUCCCUUCCCUCACCACGAUGUCUCAAACUGGCUCGUCCACAUUCUCUGCUGCCACUCUGCCUGGAGGAAACAUGAUCAAGAAGGACCUCGGUAUGUGUGCAAGUGGACCGUCCAGCAACUCUCCUGCUCAGGUAACCACUGCCGUGCAGAGUAGCCCAGCCCAAACCUCCACGUCCGCUCUUGUCCAUCAGCACUCAAAUAUCCAGAGUGGCAUUGGUGACGAAACCACUUCCUUCUUAUCUUCCUCUCAACUUGCUCUCAAUAAAACCCAUGCACCCAUCUCCUCAGCAACAACCACCAGUACACCAUUGACCACCACUGCUUCCAGCACAGUCCAGCAGAGGAUAGUCAUCAACACCUCUACGCCCCUAGCUGCUGGGACACAGAUCCUUCUUAACAGUGCACGCUUUGUAGUCCCUCCCCAGGGUUUGGGUCCAGGGAGUCAUGUCCUUAUUAUCUCUGGCCCUGCACCACAACAAGUGCCUACUGCCAGUGCUACCAGCACUGGAGCAUCAGUACCUAACCAAGGGGCAAGCCAUGCCACUGUAGCUCCUCGAGCACCAGUUUUACCCCAGUCCCCAGUCAGGCUAUCUGGUGUACCAGCCGCAAGUUCUCCAUUUGUAGCAUGCACACCUGCUGUUGGUCCACCAUUGUUAGCAACUACUCCCAAUGUCACGCCAGUCCGACUAACAGGAACACCUGGCCUAGGCUCAACGUUGUUACCCACUAAAACAAAUGUAGUCUCUGCUCUGCCUAGAUUGCCAGCUGCACAGAGUGGUCAUUUUGCAUCACCUCCUAUGGGUGCACCCACUAUGGUCUCAUCUCCGCCAAGAUUAGGCAGUGUUCCAGCCCUACUUUCUCCAGUGGUAACCAGUGCCCCUGCAUUUGGCUCAGCACUGGCUGCAAUCAGGUUGGCUCCAGGUACAUCCUCGCAAGCUGAAUGUUCAUCCACCAUUUUGCCUCCAGUAGCACACCCCUUGCCCAGAUUGUCAGCAUCAUCCUUGCCUGUUUUACCCGCCCCGCCAGCUGUGUCCUUGUCCAGUCCUGUUAUGCCAGUUCCAGCACCCCUCUCCUCAACUGCAGCUCCUCUGUUGGCAGGCACAACUUUGCAUUCUCCUGUUCCCGCUCAGCAGGUGGUUUCAGUGACAGCCCCAGGCCCAGGCUUACAGCCCCAUCAGACAGCAGUAAGAAUUGCAGCAGCCUCCAACUCUUUAUCACAGGCUUUGCUGCAUACGGGACUAGGCAACACAUCAGUCAAAAAACAGGUGCCUGCAGUCAUGCAGCCAGUGCUUGCUGGCACACGAACACAAGUAUUGCCAACAGUGGCUGUCCCACCAAUUGUAAGUGCGGUGUCUAGGAUGCAGACGCUGCCCAUUGCUACAGUUCCACCAAUCGGAAACACUGUUAACACCUUUGAAACAGCACCUGUGGUGACCGCACCUCCAUCCAGCAGCACUGUAAUAAUCACUCCAGCUCAAUCAAUCACAUCACUGAAGAUAAACAACACCAUCCACCCAUCUGUCGUCCUGACCAAUCAAGCACUUAGAAAGCAGUCUUUGCAGACCUCAGCCUUAGGUAUUCAUACCAAUGUAGCAUCCAAGCUACUAAUUAGUCCUGAUGGUGCUGUUUUGAGCACAGCUCAGUGCCAGGUCAAUCCAGCAGAGCUGACUACCUGCCCCAAACCACUGGAUGCACUGGUGGUUUCCCCCAACAGUUCCACUGGAGCACUACACACACAUGAUUCCUCUUUGCAGCCUUCGAAGGCAGACACAAAGUGAACUAAUCAACGGAGACUGCUAGCUAUGUAAGGACUCAGACACCGCUGUUCAGCUGCUUAGUUUCGGCAGGGCUCAUAUCCAUCGCUUGUAGUAAUCCUGGGAUUUGUUAAAGAACCGUUUUCCAGCUGUAGUUUUUCUCUUAACUUACAUUUAUUAUACAGUAGAUUUUACCCCCUGGUUAGAUCAUCUUAUAUGUAAACUGUAUGCGCAAUCAGACAUACUGGAAAUGUAUACUGUGAUGGUUUUCUCGAGUAAAAACAGGUUUGCCUCGGAUGAAUGUUACAGACUAUUGACUUUCCUUUUUUUAACCUCAUGGCCAGUAAUGUCCGCUGUUGGACAACAAAUCAGUAGAAAUGGGAGGGUAGAUAAAAUGAAUUUCAACUCAAGCUUUUGUAAUACUUCUCAAUGCCAUUAGAUACUGCUUCAAGAAGUAAUAACUGGGGAACUAUUCAUCGGUACAACUUGCUCUACUUUAUCUGUCAGUUUGAACAAUACAACUGUCUGUAUACAGAUUUGUCACAUCAUCCUUUUUUCAACUAGUAACUGUAUGAGAACUACAUUUUAAUUUUUAGAAAUAUGAAUAAACUAAUAGAUGAGUUUGUACUACAUGUUUGAGCCCAUAUAAAAUGUUUUGAAGUCACAUUUAUUUAUUUUUACCAUAUAGAUUUUUCAAAACUAUUUACUAGGUACAUUUUCAUUGAACAAAUGUGGACUUUACUGCAUGGAAAUAAACAAUG